CAGCACCGUACAGUCUUCGUGUGGAAUUCAGCAACCGUUCUAAUAAAAACAUGAAGAGUUUUAUUACAUUUACUUGCUUACUCGCUGUUGCAAAUGCCGGUAUUAAACACACCGUCGCAGUCAAAGAAAACGAUUUGAAUGGGGGUCAUUAUGAAUUAAUAGCUUAUGGAGAUGGUGGACAUGGAGGAUUCGGUAAACAAGGAUUCAGUGCUGGAAGUGGUUUAAAAACAAUCGCCCAAGGAUCAGCAAAUCAAGCAAAUUCCGCUGUUGCCAACCAACACGUUGCAGCUAAACAAGCAGCAUUCGCCGCUAAAAGUACUUUGGCACAAGCAGCUGCUGGAGCUGCCGCAACUGCUCAAGCUGCCUUAAUAGGCAAACACAUCUUAGUCAGCAAACUUGAAGCCGAUGUUGCUGAAGCUCACGCUUCUCUCCAAGCAGAAUUAGCUCAAUUAAAACAAGCCCAAAGAUCUGCAGGAGCCGCUCAAGAAGCCGCCCAAUUAGCCGGGCAACAAGUAAACGCUUUAUCCAUAGCUUUGAGUACUGCCCAAGGAUCGGCCGCCCACUCCCAACAAGCCGCCGAUGAAGCCGCCGCUGAAUUAGGUUCUCAAGAAGCUAUGGUUGGAUCUGCUAAACAAAGAUUAUCAAACUUAAGUCAACAACUUCACGCCGCCCAAGUCGAUUUUCAAGCCACUCAAGCUGCCGCCCAAAAAGCAGAGGCCGCCGCCCAAAUCGCUCAAUCUAACGCAGUUCAUGCAGGAGAAGCUGCCGCUAGUGUCGGACACGCUGCUUUUGCCGAUGGACUUGGCCAUUACCAUUAACGUCUGUGUAUAUAAAUAUCUAUAUAUAUUUUUUAAUGAUAUGUAAUAAUUGAUUGUAAUUAUUAGACGAUGAAAGUAUUAUAAAAUCUUUGUGUACAGUGCAUUA